UUUAGAGAAAGCCGCCCUUUUGGACUGUAAAUAUCAGGCCGUCCAUGCGUGUAUUGAAUUUGUUUGUGCGUAAUACAGACUUCUGGGCCUAGUCACGCUAGACUAGCUCAUUUCAUCACAAACACAUAUUCCACAUGUGUUUCUUUUUGCUCGUAGUUUCCCGGGUUUUUAGUGUAAAAACAAGAGGAAAUUGUGCAAUAUAGGAAUAUCUGUCAUGCAGUGCUGUGCUACUCUGAAUAGUUGUUUAGUUUCUUGGAAAGCACAAGCCUAAGUGCUGCUCUCGAGCCUGAGAGCAGUAAGUGGAGAUCUGUGGUUGUGAAUGGCAGGUCUUUGAAGCACUUAAUAUGCAGCCACACAUCAGACAUGUUUUACCGUGUAACCUUAGUUGAGCCAUCGGAUAGCUGUGUGCAAAUGCCAAAAGGGUAAACCGAUGGUAAAACGUUGGUUUUAAUUCCUCCCUCUCAGCAUUUAUCAUUACGGAUGUAGCUGAGAGAUGAAAUUAGAUGAGGACAAGCUGUCUGUGAUGCUGUCGAAUCCGAUCCCCAGUGUGUGAAGCCUCUGGCAGGCUCAUCACAUGGCAAGCAGCAGAUCUUAGCUUUAGCAACAAAUGUUAGCUUCCCAAAGACAAACGUUAUUUCUUAGAUGUGAUUCUUUUGGUAGCUCGGGGGAUUUAUUGGAGAUAAAGGUAAAUGGAAAAUGGCAUUCUAUUUCUGAUGAAAUAGGCUUUUUAAUGAGAUAACAUAUAGGGCGGGACUUGAAUCUUUCCAAGAUUUAAUUGGAUUGUGAAAAGUGAGCGUUAAAUGGCAAAAUGGAGACAGGUGGUGAAGGGGCGGGGCUAAAAUAUAAGCGUGCUUAGUGAUGUCAGCAAAAAGGAAAGUCAUUUCAUAGGCAGAGUUGUUGUUACACAUUUUAUGAGGACAAAAAUUGCUUCUUCUUUUUUAUUAAGAAGGCCAGGAUUGUUCUUAAUGAAUUUGUUGCUCGUGCACGGCUCGCUCGGGGAGAUCGUGUUCCGCUGCCCGAGCUGCACCGCGGAGCGCCAGGCGGCGUGUCCCAAGCUCACCACCUCUUGCGAGAUCGUCAGGGAACCGGGUUGCGGUUGCUGUCCGGUUUGCGCCCGGCAGAAGGGCGAGCUGUGCGGAGUCUACACGCCGAGAUGCGGCAGCGGUUUGAGGUGUUAUCCAAGCGCGAAUUCAGAGUUACCGCUGGAGCAGCUGAUACAGGGUUUCGGGCGAUGCGAGAACAAAGUGGACCUGGAGCCCAUCAUGACCAACCAGGAGUCAUGGCACAGUGGUGAAGUAAAUGGCACAUGGUCCCCUCCAGUGAAGAAGCCUGGCAAAGAAAACAACUACCAGCACAUUAAGGAAAUAGCUGUGAAACAGCAUCACAGCAACAAGAGGACCAGGAUGUACAGCUCCCUGGAUGAUCCCAAAACACCUCACCCCAGACAGAGCCAGUGUCAACAGGAGCUGGAUAGAGUGUUGGAGAACAUCUCCAGAAUUACAUUCCAUGACAACAAAGGACCUUUGGAAAAUCUUUAUGACCUGAAGUUCCCCAACUGUGACAAGACAGGACAGUACAACCUUAAGCAGUGCAACAUGUCCAGCCAUGGACAGAGGGGCGAGUGUUGGUGUGUCAACCCCUACACUGGUGUCCAGAUACCCUCGUCCCCGAAAGUGAGGGGGGACCCAAACUGCAGCCAGUACUACGGUGGUCCUGAGGUGGAACCACCCACCACCCAGCAGAAAUAGAUGCACCCUUGCCCAUAAGGGAGAAGCCCGGGUUGCAAACGAGGAGAGUUAAAGCGAGUGCCAGAGCGAUAUGCAUGUGUGUAAUUCUGUACGUGUAUGUGUAUGUAUAUUUUCGCAAUAGUAUGAUCUGUGUUGUCGAUAGGAAUGUGGAAAGUCACAUGCCAGCAAAGACAAGCAAGUCAAGGACAGGUAGUUAAACCUCCCCUUCUCAAAUCCAGAUAACUGUUCUCCAAAUUUAACUCUGAGUGAUUUUUUUUCUGCCUAUUUAUAGGCUCGUCUGGUGCCUUUUAAUCUUGUGACUGAAUCUAGUUGCAGGGAGUCGCUUAUACAGCAUUUGCAGCUGUUCGGUGUGAAGAUGUGUCACUUUAAAUCUCCCUUUUGUCCAUGGAGACCCAAUAAAAAAACGGUGGUGUUUUUUUUUUUUUUUUUUUUUUUUUUUUUGCACCAUUGGUUGGCAGAAACAUACAGCAACUACAAAUGCACAACAGCAGCAGCAGCUUGACAUUGAUUUAAAAGUGAAUCCCAAAUUUUGAAACCAAAAAUUGUGAUCGAGAAAGCAGAAAGGUAAUUUUUGGCUGAUUUGAGAGGAUCUGUGCAAGAGGGGCUAGAGGUGGGCUUUUUGGUUAUUUUGACUGCUUUUCUGCACAAGUGUUGCAUUUUUAAGACCAUGCAUUCAAAACAAUUUCAAAAUGCUUCUCUUAACCAGUGCUUUUGUUUCCAUUCAGUUGCUUCAGACUGAAAAGUGCCACGUACGUGAGUUGCUAUACGGUGUCACCGCAAAUAGCUGCGCCAUCUAACCAAUUGGAGUGCAAGGUACGAUAGGCCUGAAAUGUCAAACGAUCGCUGAAUUAAAAACGAGGCCCCUUUUUUGACACAUAUUACUGAUCUUCAUUACGCAUCAUGUAUUUUGAAGUUCAAGUUUUUACAAUCGAUAAUUGCAGUCGCUUCCAAAGAGCUCAAGAUCUGGCCAUCCCUGUCCUUGGUGACUGAUAGACCUCUGUUCUCAUGCUGCUUCUCUACCAUGUGGUGUAUGUGUGUGUUUGUAGAGUGGGGAUCAGCAUUUACUAAUGAUGCGCUGACAGAGGGCUAGAUUAGGACACAGGGCUGACAUUGACAAAUGUGAUAUAAAGUGGGUUAAGUGCCUAUAAAUAAACGCAGGUUUGCCUGCAGUGCCAGUGGGCUGUGCCUCACCUUGCUUCACUCUCAUCUGCAGAGGGAUGUGUUGGAGGUUGGCAAGGGUGAUUUUGCCCAGUGUAACACUUAAAUGGAGUUAGUUGGAGAGUCCUGUGAAGGAAUGUGAAGUGGUGCAUGGGUUUAGUGAGCUUGUUUAACCAAUCCUUGUACCAUUUUAAUAAAUAAAUAAGUUUCACGUUACUACUGGGUUAAAAUUGGUUCAGCUGGUCAUAAAGAUCCAAUAGAAAAUUACAAACAAUAAAGUAACAUACAGUGGGAUCCAAAAUUUGAACCUGUGAUUCAAAAUCCAAUUUAAAUCUAGAAAUAGAAAAAAGUUUUAGGAACUUUUGAACAAAACUUGAGACUGAGUUAUAUCUAGUUCACUAAUCAGUAAGUAAAUUAGCUGAGUUUGGGAUUGGUAAGAUUAUUCUAUUUUUGUGGAAACGAUAAUUGUUUUCAAGAUUCUUUGAUGAGCGAAGUUUAGAAGAAUAGAAUUUAGCUAUAAUAGAAAUCUUUUGUAAUAUUAUAAAGGACUUUACUGUCACUUUUGAUACAUUUAUUGCAUCCUUGCUAAAUUAAAGUAUCAUUUUCUUUAAAAAAAUCUUACUGACCCCCAAAUUGUGCAAAAAAGAAGCAUUCUAGAGUCUAAAUAUAUGUGACCAGUGGGAUUUCAUGGGUUAACUUGCUCUGUCAGCAGGUGUGAUCUUUAAUGGCCCAUUCACAUGGACACACAGCCCGUUUUAUCGCUGAAGGCCCCCAGAUCAAUGCACUGUUUGAUUGAACUGGGUGUUGCUAAUACCCUAUGUUCUGACGUCAUUGGUGGCCUGUGUAGAUGGGCAUAGCUUCUGAAAAUCUGAUCAGAAAUGAGACAAGUAUGCCAAAUUUCAACUUUUUAAAUUCUGAUUCCCUUAUUUUCACUGUAGCCUUUUGGAUGCCACUGUAUGUGACCUUAUUGCCACGUUGCUGGAAAUUGGCAUCACUGUCUGUGAAAAGCAAUCAAGGGUUGUCAUCCCUUGAUUAAGUUAUAUUUUUAUUCACUACUCAUAUCUCUUACUCUUUAUCUCUUCCCCAUCCGUCUCUCUCUUUCCCAUCCUCUCCCUCUCUGUGAGUGUUGAAUUUAAAAGCUCAAUCCAGAAAUAGAAGUCAAUUAAGCUUUAACAUUGAUCCUAACGUGUUAGACAGUGUUCAGCCCAGCGUUUGCUUUUGUAGCUUAGCCUUUAUGAUAUAUUACCACAUUAACCUUCAGUAUUUUUCAUAGUAUUACCACAUCUCGCUUGCCCUUAGUAGUAGCUUACAUGCAUUUACUUUAUCUAGUUAGCAUUGUGCUAACUACCACAACAGACUGGCUCUCCAAAAUUACACAGCCUCGUGUGAUUUUGGUGCCUCACGGAUAGAUUUGCUGAGACACGGGCUACGAGUUUUCCGUUUCAGUUUGUUUCCAAAAUAGAUCACUGCCUACCCUCCGGUGGCACAGUAAAUUUUACGGUAGCUCGAGUUUGGCCUAGUUAGAAAACAGUGCGAAACCAAUCCCUGUGGUUUUCGGGCAUAUUGAUUUGCCAGAGCGGUUCCGAUGGGAUGGAAGUGUGCACGUAUGCGUGUGUGUGUGUGUAUGUACUUGUGUGAACGUUUCGAUGCUGUGCCAUGCCUGGAGCCAGUGUGACGGUGGGAAGGACUGCUUGCCAUCUGGUGCAGUGUAAAACUGUCAGAGCCGGUCUCUGCUUAUGGAGAGUCUCACACAAAUGAUGGUGGGAAUUUCUUGAGCAAAUCCAAAUGCCUUGUGCCAUGCCAGCAUCUCACAUGCCUUUUUUUUUUUUUGUGUGUUUUUUUUUUUUGCUGUAAUUCAUUGCAUAUCCUGUGUGUCACGAGAUGCGGUGGUAUUAAAUAACAUACAUUACUCGAAGCAUGCUCCUUGUGUCCACUGUCAUGCGAAUGGUGCAUGAACUGAGUUUUCUGUACAACUGCAAUGGAAAAAGCCAUAAAUGCAUGCAAAAAUAGACAUUGGUUUUAACUUCUUGUAAUAAAAUCCAGCAUGAUUAAAUGAA